AUGUCUGGAUUAAAUAAGACUAUGGUAACAGAGUUCAUUCUUUUGGGCUUUCCCAACCUUGCCCAGUUCCAGCCUCUAUUCUUUGUGGUGCUUUUGCUUAUUUAUAUGGUGACCCUCCUGGGGAACAUCCUCAUCAUCCUCACCACCAUAGUGGAUCCUGCCCUUCACAGCCCCAUGUACUUGUUUCUCCAGAACUUAUCUCUUCUGGAUAUCUGCUUUACGCUAGUGGUUGUUCCCCAGCUCUUUUCCAACCUCCUUACCGAGAAGAAAUCGAUCUCUUUCAUAGGCUGUAUGGCACAGAUGUUUUUCUUUUUCUCCUUUGGCACUGUGGAGUGCUUUCUUCUAGCUGCCAUGGCCUAUGAUCGCUAUGUUGCUAUAUGCAACCCUCUGCACUACAGGAACAUUAUAAACAGAAGGGCCUGUACCCAAGUGCUGCUGGCUCUGUGGCUCUCAGGGAUUCCYGUGGGGACGCUGCAGACCGCAUGGCUCUUCAGCCUCCCAUUCUGUGGACCUAACAAAGUGAACCAUUUCUUUUGCGAUGGGCCACCAGUGCURGAGCUGGUGUGUGCAGACACCUCCCUCUUUGAGACAUAUUCCCUCACAGCCACAGUCAUCAUUAUCAUGUCUCCAUUUGUGCUGAUUCUGGGGUCAUACAUCUGCAUCCUCCACACUGUCCUGAAGAUGAACUCUGCAGCAGGGAGGCACAAAGCCUUUUCUACUUGCUCUUCUCAUCUCAUAGUGGUCACCCUGUUGUAUGGCACUGGUAUUCUGGCAUACAUCCAGCCCAGAUCUGAUUACUCACCAGACAUCAAGAAGUUGUUAUCUCUUUCGUACACUGUAGUUGCACCAACUUUAAAUCCCAUAAUCUACAGCCUGAGGAACAAUGAGGUGAAAGAAUCCCUUUGGAGAACCCUGGGGAGGAAAACUGUCAUCACUCCUUUUAAUAUGCAUAUUCUGUUUUAA